AAUCCUUGGCAGUGAACGGAGAGACCAGCCACCAUAACAAUGAGUGGCUCCCACCCUCGCCAGCACCAGUCGGUCCAACCGACGCUCAGCGCCAUCUCACCGGACAUGCCCGCUACAGAGAAGGACCUCGCAGAGGGAGCGACGUGGAAGAAGAUCCAACAGAACACGUUCACCCGCUGGUGUAACGAGCAUCUGAAAUGCGUCGACAAGCAGAUCACCAAUCUCCAGAUGGACCUGAGCGACGGGCUGCGGCUGAUCGGACUCCUGGAGGUGUUGAGUCAGAAGAAGAUGUGCAGGAAAUACAACCAGAAGCCCACCUUCCGACAGAUGCAGCUCGAGAACGUCUCGGUGGCUCUCGAGUUCCUAGACAAGGAGAACAUCAAGCUGGUGUCCAUAGACUCCAAGGCCAUAGUAGAUGGUAACCUGAAGCUGAUCCUGGGCAUGGUGUGGACUCUGAUCCUCCACUACUCCAUCUCCAUGCCCAUGUGGGACGAGGAGGAGAUGGGGGGAGACGGCCAGCACAAGACCCCGAAACAGAGGCUUCUGGGAUGGAUCCAGAACAAGCUCCCAGAGAUCUCCAUCCACAACUUCAGCAGAGACUGGCAGAGCGGCAGGGCGCUGGGGGCACUGGUCAACAGCUGUGCUCCGGGCCUGUGUCCAGACUGGAACCAGUGGGACCAAAGUAAACCAGUGGACAACGCCCGGGAAGCCAUGAAACAGGCUGUUAACUGGCUGGGCAUCCCUCAGGUGAUAACCCCAGAGGAAAUCGUUGACCCCAAUGUAGAUGAACAUUCCGUGAUGACAUACCUGUCCCAGUUCCCCAAGUCCAAACUGAAACCUGGCGCACCCCUUUGUCCCGGACUCGACCCCAAGAAUGCCUGCGCAUAUGGACCAGGUAUCGAGCCAGUAGGUAACGUUGUGAUGAAGAAGGCGGUGUUUACAGUGGAGACAAUCAGUGCUGGGAUGGGAGAGGUCCUAGUGCAUGUAGAGGACCCUGCCGGACACAGAGAGGAGGCCAAAGUGACAGCCAACAAUGACACGAACCAAACCUACUCUGUCUUCUACAUACCUAAGGUCACUGGGAUGCACAAGGUGACGGUGCUGUUUGCAGGGCUUCACAUCAAUAAGUCUCCUUAUGAGGUGGAUGUGGGGAUGGCUCAGGGAGACAGCAGUAAAGCCACAGCCCAGGGACCUGGACUAGAACCUUCCGGAAACAUCCCCAAUAAGACCACAUACUUUGACGUCUACACCGCAGGUGCUGGUGUGGGAGAGGUAGAGGUGGUGAUCAUGGACCCAGCGGGUCAGAAGGACGUGGUGGUGUGUCAGAUAGAGGAUAAAGGCAACAGUUCGUACCGCUGCACCUACAAACCCACCCUGGAGGGGGCCCACACCAUCUACAUUACAUUCGCUGGCGGACAAAUCAGCAAGAGCCCCUUCGCUGUCAACAUAGGAGAGGCUUGUAACCCCAGCCUGGUUCGGGCUAAGGGUCGUGGUCUCCAGCCUAAAGGCCUCAGGGUGAAGGAGACAGCUGACUUCAGAGUCUUCACCAAAGGAGCUGGGAAUGGAGAACUCAAAGUCACCAUCAAGGGCCCCAAGGGCCUGGAGGAGCCAUGUAAGAUGAAGGAUGUUGGAGACGGAGUGUUUGGGUUUGAGUACUACCCCACCACCCCCGGAACAUACAGUAUAACCAUCACCUGGGGAGGACAGCACAUCCUCAGCAGCCCGAAGGAGGUGCAGAUUGGUUCGGAGGCAGGGCCACAGAAUGUGCGUGCCUGGGGGCCUGGCCUGGAGAUCGGCAUUAUGGGUAAAUCUGCCGACUUCGUGGUUGAGGCCGUCGGAGACAACGUGGAAACACUGGGUUUCUCGGUGGAGGGUCCGUCCCAAGCGAAGAUCGAGUGUGACGAUAAGGGCGACGGGUCAUCUGACGUGCGAUACUGGCCAAUGGAAUCAGGAGAGUAUGCGGUGCAUGUCCUCUGUAACAACGAGGACAUCCAGCACUCUCCCUUCAUGGCUGAAAUCACUGCUGCUCCGAACAAGGACUACUACCCUGAUAAGGUGAACGUGCAUGGUCCAGGUCUACAGAGUAGUGGUCUAGCUGUGGGGAAACAGACUGAGUUCACCGUCGACGCCAAACUAGGAGGCAAAGCCCCUCUCAAGAUCCUGGCCCAGGAUGGUGAGGGUACCCCAGUAGAUGUCCAGGUGAAGGAUAACGGUAAUGGAACGUACACCUGCAGUUACACCCCCAAGAAACCCCUCAAACACACCGUCAUGGCGUCCUGGGGCGGAGUCAACAUACCGGACAGUCCCUUCAGGAUGAUGAUCGGGGCAGGUUGCCACCCUAAGAAGGUGAAGGUGUCAGGUCCUGGUGUGGCUGAAACAGGGCUGAAGGCUUUUGAACCAACAUCCUUCACUGUGGACUGUGGUGAGGCAGGACAAGGUGACAUCAGUAUAAGUAUAAAGUGCUCUCCAGGUGUGGUGGGACCAGCGGAGGCAGACAUCGACUUCGACAUCAUCAGGAACGACGACGACACGUUUACCGUUAAAUACACACCGCCAGGCGCUGGUAGCUACACCAUCAUGGUGCUGUUCGCUGACCAGACCAUCCCCAUGACUCCCAUCAGGAUCAAAGUUGACCCGUCACAUGACGCCGGCAAGGUCAAGGCCGAGGGACCAGGACUCAACCAUAGUGGUGUGGAGUUAAACAAGCUGACCCACUUCACAGUAAACACCAAGGCUGCAGGUAAAGCCAAGCUGGACGCUGUGUUCUCCGGCCCGGCUAAUGGAGAGACGGUCAAGGACUUUGAGAUCAUCAACAACCCUGAUAACACCCAUACGGUCAAGUACACCCCUGUCCAGCAAGGGGUUCUGGGAGUGGCCCUCACCUACGGAGGAGAUUCUAUUCCCAAGAGCCCCUUCUCCAUCCCCGUGGCACCAAGCCUUGACCUCAGCAAGAUACAAGUGGCUGGACUGGGUGAUAAGAUGACGGUGGGUAAGGACCAGGAAGUGACUGUGAAGUCUGAAGGAGCAGGAGGUCAGGGGAAAGUCUGGGCCAAUGUUACAGGGCCUUCUGGGAAACCUGUCACCAGCAAGGUGGAGGCAGGUCUUAAACCAGAGACCAGUCAAGUGAAGUUUAUCCCUUGGGAGGCGGGACCAUACCAGGUGGAGCUGACCUAUGACAGCGCUCCGAUCCCAGGAUCCCCCUUCAACCCCACCGCCUACCCCCCCACCGACGCCACCAAAGUGAAGUGUUCUGGCCCAGGGUUGGAGCGGGCUAAGGUGGGAGAGACCGGGGAGUUUGUGGUGGACUGUACCAACGCGGGUCCAGCUGAGUUGACCAUAGAGAUCAUCAGUGACGGCGGGACAGAGGCGGAGGUCCACAUCCAGGAUAACGGAGACGGAACCUACACCAUCACCUACAUCCCCCUGUACCCCGGCUCCUACACCCUCACCAUCCGCUACGGUGGGCAGGAUGUACCCAUCUUCCCCGCCCGCCUGACCGUGGAGCCGGCCGUCAACACCAGCGGAGUCCGCGUGUUCGGCCCGGGAGUAGAGGGCAAAGGCGUGUUCCGUGAGGCAACCACAGACUUCACGGUAGAUGCUCGGCCCCUGACCCAGAUAGGAGGGAAGCACAUCAAGACAGUCAUCCAGAACCCGUCCGGAGACAUUACUGAAGCUGUCAUCACCGACCACUGUGAUGGAACAUACAGCGUAGAGUACACGCCCUACCAAGAGGGUCCCCACAUUGUAGAUGUGGCGUACGAUGAGACACCAGUACCCAACAGUCCGUUCUGUGUUGGCGUGACGGAGGGGUGUGACCCGGGGCGUGUCCGUGUGCAUGGACCCGGCCUGGACAGAGGCAUCACCAACACAGCCAACACAUUCACAGUGGAGACCCGUGGUGCGGGUACAGGCGGUCUGAGUCUGGGAGUAGACGGCCCGUCGGAGGCUAAGAUGUCUUGCACCGACAACAAAGAUGGCAGCUGCAGUGUAGAGUACAUUCCCUACGAGGCUGGAACAUAUAACCUCAACAUCACCUACGGAGGACAGCCCAUCGCUGGCAGUCCCUUCCAGGUGCCGGUCAGCGACCCGGUGGACAGUUCUAAGGUUCAGUGCAUGGGUGAGGGGCUUGGAACCAAGGUGCGUGCCAACAUUCCACAGGCGUUCUCAGUGGACGCCUCUAAAGCAGGAGUCGCCCCUCUACAGGUCAGAGUACAAGGACCCAAAGGUGUAGUGGAGCCUGUAGAGUUAGUGGAUAAUGGAGACCAGACUCACACCGUGAACUACACCCCGACCAGAGAGGGAACUUACUCUAUCAACAUACUGCAUGCUGACCAGGAGAUCCCACACAGUCCCUACAAGGUGCAGGUGUUGCCUACCCAUGAUGCCAGUAAGGUGCACGCCAGCGGCCCUGGUCUCAACAGCACUGGAGUGCCCGCCUCUCUGCCUGUCGAGUUCACCAUCGACGUCAAGGAUGCAGGAAUGGGGCUGCUUGCUGUGCAGAUCACUGACCCGGAGGGGAAGCCUAAGAAAGCCAGUAUCCGUGACAACCAGGACGGGACCUACCUGGUAUCGUAUGUACCUGACAUGGCAGGUCGUUACACCGUGCUGAUAAAGUACGGAGGGGACGAUAUCCCUUACUCCCCCUACCACGUCAGCGCUCUACCUACUGGAGAUGCCAGCAAGUGUACCGUCACAGUGUCAAUCGUAGGCCACGGCCUGGGAGCUGGUGUGGGUACGACCAUCCAGAGCGGCGAGCAGACCGUCAUCACUGUGAAUGCGAAGGCUGCUGGAAAAGGAAAGGUGACGUGCAGUGUGUGUACCCCAGAAGGGGUGGAGUUAGAUGUAGACGUGGUGGAGAAGGAGGAUGGAACCUUUGAUAUCUUCUACACCGCCCCCCAGCCUGGAGAUUACUGCAUCUGCGUUCGCUUUGGAGGGGAACUCAUCCCCAACAGCCCCUUCCUGGUCACGGCAACAGACCGGCCAAUGGAAGCGAAUGGUUUGGACGUUAUGGGACUCCGGCUGUUUGAUCUGAUCAUCCCCUUCACCUUUCAGACUGGAGAGAUCACAGGUGAUGUGCGCAUGCCGUCCGGUAAGAUAGCCAAGCCGGACAUCACAGACAAUAAGGACGGGACGGUAACGGUUAAAUACACUCCGACUGAGGCCGGUCUUCACAAGAUGGACAUCAAAUACGACGGGAUACACAUCCCUGGUUGUCCUCUCCAGUUCUAUGUGGACUAUGUGAACAGCGGGAACGUCAGUGCGUACGGACCGGGCCUGAUCCACGGGACCGUCAACAAACCUGCUGUGUUCACCGUCAACACCAAGGACGCAGGAGAAGGUGGUCUGUCGCUGGCCAUCGACGGUCCAUCUAACGCCGAAAUCAGCUGCGUUGAUAACCAGGAUGGAACGUGUUCCGUGUCCUACCUGCCUGUUCGACCUGGAGACUACAGCAUCCUGGUCAAAUACAACGACAAACACAUCCCAGGCAGCCCCUUCUCCGCCUGCGUCACAGGUGAUGACUCUAUGAGGAUGUCCCGUCUGAAGGUGGGCUCUGCUGCUGACAUCCCAUUGGACAUCGGAGAGCUGGACCUGACAGAGAUCACCUUCGAGGACCGCAAGGACGGAUCCAGUGGAGUUUCCUACAUGGUCCGGGAGUCAGGAGACUAUGAGGUGUCGAUCCGUUUCAACGAGGAGCACAUCCCUGACAGUCCCUUCGUGGUUCCCGUGGCGUCGCCCUCUGACGAUGCCAGGCAACUCACUGUUGCCAGUCUUCAGGAGUCCGGGUUGAAGGUCAAUCACCCAGCAUCCUUUGCUGUGAGCCUGAACGGAGCGAAGGGACAGAUCGACGCUAAAGUCCACAGCCCAUCUGGAGCCCUGGAGGACUGCUGUGUUACUGAGCUAGACCGAGAUAAAUAUGCUGUGAGGUUCAUUCCCAGAGAGAACGGUCUGUAUCUGAUCGAUGUGAAGUUCAACGGCAGUCACAUCCCUGGCAGUCCCUUCAAGAUCAGGGUGGGGGAGACGGGACAGGCUGGAGACCCAGGCAUGGUGACCGCAUACGGAGCUGGACUAGAGGGAGGAUCCACUGGUAACUAA